CCAGCACAGGCGACGGGCGUUUUCGAACCUGGCGGCCGCGGCGGGUGAGGCAGAAGGCGACGAGCAGGAGCGUCGCGGCCCGAUGCAGGGCGUGCGCUUUGCGGCGGCGCUGUCGGCCCCUGGCCCUUCCGGGAUGCAGCCGGAGCGCUGGCACGAGGCCCUCGGCGUGCGCCUCCACGUCUACGGACCGCUCAAUUCCGCUCUGCGCAGCUUGCACGGCGCGGCGGCGGCCGGGGCGUUCCCGAAUUACCGUUUCGAGGCGCUACGUCAGGUCGUGGCCAAGCGGUUCGCCUUCGACGAGCGUGGUGCCGCCGGCAAGCUGUUCGUGCAGCACCGCCAGCUUGGCGCAGGUAUCCCUGGGGGCCUCGAUGCUGCGGAGCGAGUUCUCCUUCGCAGCGGGCGGCGCACCGCGGUCGUGGAGAUUGACCUUUGCAACGCGUUCCCUAGCCUCGAGUGGCACGGCAUCCGAGAGUCCUGCGCUCGACAUAUCCCUGGUUUGCUGGCGUGGCUGGAAUGGUGCCGUGCGGCCCCAUUGCGGGUCCAGCUGCCGAAAGGGGAGUGCGCCGAGGUCUCCUGGCGCGUGGAGCAGGGCGAUUCUCUAGGCGGACUGCUGACCAACGCCGUGAUCUUGGACGUGGUCGAAGACGCGCGGGCCGAUCUCGCCGCGCAAGGAAUGGAGAUCUUCGUCGCGUGGUACCUCGACGGCGGCCAGCUCUUCUGCGACGAGCACGGCGUCGACGCCAUCCUGCAGGCACUUGACACUCGCUUCGCG